CCCUUGAUUGACGUAAUGGCUCCCAGUAACCUUUCUCCCAUUAUUGAUUUGCAGUUGUCGCUUUACACGACCCCGGACACAAACUAUCAAUUUGUGGAGGCGAAACCAAGCCCGCUUGAAGAGAGAAUCUCCGAACUCCGCAAGUUAGCUACUGCACACACCGCAGGGCUCCAGGAUGCCUACACAACAGUGAAGCCUAAAAUGGAAAACACGCUUCAGUUUGGAAAAGAUGGCUAUGCCUUUCUGAAGAGCCCACCAGCUGGAUUCUACCCACGUGCUGGAGUCAUCGCAGUGGCUGGAGUAGCUGGCCUCCUCCUCGCUGGGAGGGGUUCCCGGGUAAGAAAAGUGCUUUAUUCAUGUGGGUUUGUUGCAGCUUGUGGCUCUCUGUAUUAUCCUGAAGAAACAGUCAAAGCUGCAAAGCUGGCCACUACAACUGUUUAUGAAUUUUCAAUGCAAGCAUACUUAACCAUUGAGUCCCUGUGGAAAAAGAAUACACAGAGGGAACAAGGACCUGUCCCAACACUCAAUAACAAUCAGGCUGGAGAUGCUCAGCGGUCGGGUGAGAACACUUCCUCCUGAACUCCGUCAGUCAGCGCCAGGCACCUGAGAGAGAGGAUAUCUUUCUGCUGCUUUCUCAAGACAAAGCAUGUGUCUUCUAGCAAGUUGUCGAAUGGAACAAUUGGACCCAUGAUUGAAGCGAUAUUUUCCCUGUGAAACAGAAGGAUCUUGAAUCAUUAUUAUUUAUGACAUUAGCAGAGAGUUGAUUAUUUUUGUUUGUGAAGCUGACAAGUGAGAAAUAUUUGUGUAUAUUUAAUAUGCUGCAAUAAAAAUCCAACAGUCUCACCAAA